GAGCAAACUGCGCUACGCUCGAGCUGUUAGCCCUCCGGUCUUCUGGGCGUUUCCAUGGUGACAUCAGCAGCAGGCUGUCUGGAGCUCACUGACACGUACUGGUUUAUUAACAAAGUGCAGUAGGCGAGCAGGGAAGUAGCUAAACGGUAUCUAUCAGGGGAGGAGAACUUGUUGGACGAUUAAACUCUUCAGGUCUGUGUUCCUGGCUUCAUCAUGAACGUGUUUGACCGCAACAUCAACAUCGAUGCUCUCUUCAGAUUCUCUCAAAUAUCUCACUCCACCCAGGUGCACUUGAAGAAUGUGUACUCCAGCCUGACUCUCAGUAUGAUCGUGGCGGCCGCCGGCGCCUACGUUCAUGUUGUUACGCGACUCUUUGAGGGUGGCGUUCUGUCUCUACUCGGCUCUGUGGGGUUGAUGUUCUGGCUCGCCAUGACGCCCCACAACCCCGAGACGGAGAAGAAGAGGCUGGCUAUCCUUGCCGGGUUUGCCUUCCUCACAGGCGUUGGCCUUGGGCCCACGCUGGACUUUGUCAUCGCUGUCAAUCCCAGCAUCAUCGUGACGGCCUUCCUGGGAACUUCUGUCAUCUUCAUCUGCUUCACUCUCAGCGCCCUCUAUGCUAAACGCAGGAGCUACCUGUUCCUGGGAGGAACCCUGAUGUCCGGCCUGUCCAUCCUCUUCCUGUUCUCUGUGAUGAACAUGUUCUUUGGCUCUCUGAUGCUGUUCAAGGCACACAUGUACCUGGGACUGCUCAUCAUGUGCGGCUUCGUCCUCUUUGACACUCAGCUCAUCAUUGAGAAGGCAGAGAACGGAGACAAGGACUACAUCUGGCAUUGCGUCGACUUGUUUCUCGACUUUGUCACCAUCUUCAGGAAACUGAUGAUCAUCCUGGCAAUGAACGACAAGGACAAGAAGAAGGAGAGGAAGUAAAGGGCUCUGCAGUGAAGCGACUCUAAGCUGUAAAGGCACAGUUUGCGAUGCACUUGGUGCUUUUCACUUUCUGUCUUCAUUUCUCCUAUUAAAUCUUCUGUGGUCUUAUGUUAUUGACAGUUCUUUGACUUGUUUUGGAAUCUUACAUGGGCUGAAUGUAGGUUUCUGGCGCAGAAGGGCCGGUUUCCACCUGGCUGGGAGUUCAACACUGCAGUGUUUGAGCUGUAGGGGGCAGUGCUGCGUAACGGAGGAUCACUGGUGCAUUUGCGCUUAAGAUUUUACAUCGCUGUUGUUUAGUGCCAUGAAUUAAUGAGAUCGUAGACUCAUUUAAUGCAUCUUGUAAGCUUCUUGGACUGAUUUUUUUUUUUCUUUUGAUGUUUUAUUUACUUAUUUAUAGAUUUUCCUCGGUUUCAUUUAGCGGGAUAGUUGAAAGUGUAGCAUCCCAGCAUUUUUGAAGACCUUUUUCAGAAAUUCCAGUUUUCCUCCCCGAGUUUUUAUUUUGAGUUUCAAACGAGGUCAACAAUCCCCUCUGAACUCAUUUACCCAUCAUUCAUUUGGUUCGAGUGGUUGAGGAGACGGACGGUAACGUGUGAUCCAUCGUUUCAUUUUAACCAGACUUCUCCUCAUCUCUGCUGUCUAGACAUUAGUUUGCCAAAUUAAGUGACGUAAACCUGUCAGUUUUUGCUUCCUUUUCUUUUAAAAGUGUAAACUGUGAAGAUUUUAUUUUAUCGAUGUGGAACUGAAACUAAUUUCAUACAUUUGCUCAAAUAAAUGUGUUGAACAAA